GCAUUCGAUCAAGAUGGAGUUUAUAUGGAUUCUCGUCGCUACCUGCCUCGUCGCUUGUUCGAGCACGUCCCUUGUAUACAACGACACAGUUACUGAUGUAUACGAUGCAGUCAAUUCUGAUUACCCUUUCUGGCCGUUUACUCCCACCAUAUACUCAGAAGAACAGGAGAAAAUAGGACUGGAACGUUGGAUUCAGCAUAAUGAUAACCUACCAGAGGUUUGCCGUACAGAUAUAUGCUACAGUCAGUCUACUACGAAUCGCAAAGGAACCUUCAAUUGGUCGAGGUCAUACGCUGGAGAUAAUGUGACAGUCACGUGCCCACAUGGCGGCUUGGUAUCUUCUGAACGCCCUGCCAUAUCCCACAGGACAUGCGAGUAUACAUCCUCUUAUGGUGAAAACUAUUUUGCAUAUUGGGGAGCUCCAAUCACCGCCGACUGUCAAUGGGAAUCAACAAUUACACAGGAGCUGUUUCACAUCAUGAAACAACUGGAUAACAUAGAUAAUAACUCCUCUUCAGUGGUGCAUCUUAUGAUGAAUGUUCAGCAACUAACCAGUAACCCUGACAACUUGACUGAAAUUGACGUUGAUAUCAUCUCUGAUAUUAUUGAAGUUGUUGUGAGACAAAUGUUUAUUCUGUCAGUGCGUGAUAUGCAUAUGGUUGGGGGGACGUUGGUAGAUGUGGUUAGCCAAUUGACUGAAGUGGAUAUUGAUGUAUUAUCGAGGGUGACAACGGCAUGUGGAAGCAUUACAGAUAAUUUAGAGUUAUAUAUGGAGAAUAUUGAAUUCGAUUAUCAGUCAAGCAUCAAAUACAAAUCAGAAAACAUAGACGUUGAUGUUCGCCGUAUGCGCGACACAUUUGAGGGUGGAAGUGAUACCGUGUCUGGUAGCGAUAUCGGAAGCUCGGGAUAUUUUGCCUGGUCCAGUGAAGACGAUAGCUCUAGAUCGACUCAUGGGGUAUUAUUGACUAUACCAUUGGAUCCAUUGUGGGCAAGUGAUACAGACGGUAUGGAGGAUAGUUCCUUUGUCCGAUCUCAGCGAAGUAUCGGCAUGCCACUCAUGCCAUCUGACCGUCUGGUACUCAUUGUGUAUUAUGAUAACAGUUUAUUUUCCGUGCGUAAUGAUUUGCCAGGACCCAAUAAUACACCGUCUUCAAGCCUUGAGGUGUCAAGUACGGUGGCAUUCUCUUCUGCCAUGGUACUUGGUCAAAUGGUAACACAGCUAUCGGAACCUGUUCGGGUAACUUUCCGAAAAGACGACAUAGAUGGUAACCAGAGCUCAGUCUUAUGUGGUGUGGACCCCGGAUUCGACAUGAUGGAUGACGCGAUGGGUUGCCAAGAAGCUUUUAUAACUGGACUGUAUAUCACAUGUCUGUGUGAUAUUCUUGGAAGUUAUUACAUUAUGACUCAGAAAGCAGCUCCAAGUACCAUUAUCAGUGUGGAUGAUGAACGAGCUGGGGGGUUCGAGUUCUUAGGUUUUCCGUAUAUAGAAGUUUUAUCAGUAUUUACGUUUAUUGGUUUUGGCGUCUCUAUAAUUAGUCUUGUGAUGACGAUUUCAACAUUUGCCGUGUUCAGGCAACUUCGUAGAGGGCGCCCUACUAUUAUUCUUAUGAAUCUUUGCGUGGCGUUGUGUCUGCAAAUGACCGCGUUCCUCGUACUCAUCCCAGUUGUAGACAAUCAAUACGGCUGUCGCUUUGCCAACGUUCUUAAGGUGUAUCUAAUCCUCGUGACACUAAUGUGGAAUGGGGUGGAAGGACUCAACAUGUACCUUGCAUUGAUUCAAGUAUUCACCAUUCAUAUCACACACUUUGUGCUCAAAUGUGGAAUUAUUGCUUGGGUUGUGCCAAUUAUUAUCGUCGUACUACCACUAUUGUUCGACUCCGCCUUGUAUGAUGGUUUUUAUUCCACGGAAACUGCCCCCUUGUGUCCCUUUGUAUGCCAGCUUCCGCGGACAACAUUUUUCUUUGUAUUAUUAUUGCCAAUGUCUUUGAUAAUCAUUGGUAACAGCAUUGUGUUUAUUCUUGUUCUACGAAUUCUGCGACGUAAAACCCAAAACGGUAACCAGUCCAGUAAGUUCGUUCAACUUCGUGGUGCUGUUGCUAUGCUGUUACUAUUAGGACUUGCAUGGAUCUUUAGUGGAUUUGCGGUAAUAAACUAUGGCAGUGUUGGUAAAGAUCUUCAGGUCAUACAGAUAACAUUCCAGUGUCUCUUCGUAUUCUGCAUCGCUUUUCAAGGAUUCUACAUCUUCAUAUUUCAUUGUGCACGUCAUCAAGAGGUCAGGGCCACGUGGUUGCAAUGUUUCUGUAAACGGAAAAGUGACGACGGCAGCGGCUCGUCAUUGGUGAAAACAAAAACAUCGUCAGGUGAUCAAGUAAUCCCUAAUUUGAAGCAAACCUCGGACGCCGACUGUUCAGCGCUCACCAGUUUAUGAGGGCCGAAUAUGAGUUUGACUAUCGGUAUUGGCAAGAACUAAGAUGUUCACACUGUUUAGUUACCAAAUUGUUAAAAGCAGGCAAUAUUUCGUAAUAUUUAUUGAGGAAAAGUGCAAACACG